AUGGAGAUUGAUAGAUCAAUGUUUCUUCGCCAUAAGACGAUACCUCUACUUUUGUUGAUUCAAGCAAUCUUGGUCGUUCGUCUUGUUUCCUCCGAGACGGGUGAGUCAAUGCAAUUAUAUUUAAGUAACCAAUGGUAUCUUUUAAGUGCUUUUUCUGCUAUAGUUCUCCCAAAACGGACCUCAUGAAGUUGAAUGUUUCCUCAGAAGGAGAGGGUGUCAGUUUCCGAUGUCAAAAUGCUAACUUGAAGUUAUUUCCUGUGUCUGGAUUGAAACGCCUCUUUCUCUUAUUUGUCUUUUAGUUAUUCUAGAUUCACAUUCUCGAUACGACCAAUCAUGGGAUUGGCUCACCACAUAUGAACUGGCGACUGGUAGCGGGGUAAGAAGCUUCUUUCAAAGUGAUCUAAAUGUAGUGGCUUAGUAAUGUGGGAUUCAAUAUUUGUGGUUUCAAGUUCCAGAUUUAACCGGUGUCAUUCAUUUUGUUGUGAUCUUGGAUAAGAAACCACAGCGUCACAGUACCUCAUUCCGUCACAGGAGUAUGCAUAAAUGGGCAGCUAGGAACUAAGAGGGAAACCUGAUGAAGGUUGGAUGAGAUAGUUUAUCUUUCUGUCCAAGAGCACACAGCAAUUUUCCUGGACGCUUCAAGCCAAUGGGAAUGGAAUAAGCUUUGGCGGCAAUGAGGUGGCCACUUGAAGCUGCAAGAAUCUGGUCAUUAUGGUGGAAUAAACGGUUUUAAGUCAUUUUUUUCUGUCAUUUCUUUUUAGUGGGGCCGCAGUUCACAAACAGGAGAGUACCUCGUCUGUGAUCUUCCAGAAACUGCAACGAAAAGCACCAACAGUUGGCUAAUUUCAAAUUUCAUUGACCUGCAAGGCGCAGUAUCAGUAACUGUUCAACUAGAAUUCACUGCGAGACAAUGUGACCGUCAGUCACUUCCUUUCUGCAAGGAAUCAUUCAUGUUAUAUGUCUACCAAACAGACCAAAGGUUAAUAUCUGGAGUGCAGAAAUCAACGAUUCUGGCUGGACAUUUUACGUUCGCUGCAACGAUCGCUCCUAUUCAUGUGUGGAAUUCUGCUCAGGCGAGAAUGACAAACAAAGCAGCAGUUGGACUCACUGUUCAAAGCAAAGGACUUUAUUUAGGAUUUCGGGACAUAGGAGGGUGUAUCGCACUCGGGAAAGUUCAAGUUGUUUCCAACUUUUGUCCUGGGAAAAUCAUUGGUGGAGCAAGUUAUAAUAGAACCCCUUCUCCUCCAAAUGGACAUGCCGUCAAGGUAAAUGGUAACUGUGCAGUAAACUCAGAGAGUCCGCAUAACGCGAACACACUACACAUGCAGUGUCAAAGCAAUGGAACCUGGAAUAGGCCAGCAAGUGCCGCUACUUGUCUGUGUAAACCUGGUUAUCAAAUCACUUCUCAGGGAUGCCAAGGUACAUAACUUGAUCCCUAUUAUAAUGUAGACUCACAAUUGGAGGUAUUAAUUAAAUCUAGAAUAUGUUGUAGUUCAUCAUGGCUAUACAGAUAAAUGAAUGUUUAGCCGUUUGUCUCUCGAUGUUGAUUAAAGCAGUUAGUAUCUUGACUCUACGUCCGAGGCAAACGAUUAAACGUUUAAAUCAAACACAGUUACCGAAAAACAGACAAAAUGGACUUUUGGGUAACCAGACAGGCUGAUAGGCAGACAUCGAUCGACAAGCGCAAGGACAGCAAGAAAGAUAGACAGACCGGCUUGGAGACUGCAAGACGGACUGAAUGACUACUGGUGCCCCAUUUAUACAACCAACCAACUAGAAAACCGUCAGCGAACAAACAGGAGACAAUUCAGACAAACAGACAAAGAGAUAGACAAGGAAACAUGCAGACUGAUAGAGAGAAAUUAGAAGAAAAAGCACGCAAUAUUUCUUUGAAUACAUAGUUAGGUUGUAACAAAUUGAUUUGAUUAUUUUCAAUCAAAAUUUUACUCACAGAAUGUCCUAGUGGAAAAUUCAAACCCAGCCUAAGCAAUUCAGAGUGCAGCAGCUGCCCGGUGAAUACCAAUUCCAACAACUCUAGACAGCAAUGUGAAUGUAAUGCAGGAUUUUAUCGGGGCCCAAAAGACAAAAAAGAAGGAAAAUGUACAGGUAAUGCAAACGAUAUGUUGCUAGUAGGCACUAUAAUGCCUGGCAUCUGUUCAGUUAUGCUUUGCAAAUGACAUUGUGUUGGUGACAAAAAGAGUUUCAGUCACAGACCCACGGAAAUAUGAGAUCGAUUUGCUUUACACCUCAAAUAGAAAAGUAAAUAAGUAUAACUAAAAACGCCUCCGUUUGCUUGAUGAUUGGCAACCCUCCACUCAAAAUAACAACAGAAAUCUUGUAAUUCAUCACUAAUAAGUUGCGCGAAAGGCCCCCUUUCCCCGAAGACAAUGUUGUAUGAAAUUGGUCGUCAUUAUGUUAACACCAGACUACAUUGAAUUAGGGAAGAAGGAUAUAUAUGAAAGUUAAAGUAAGAAUUUCAAAAGAAGUGGAACGUGCCAAGAAUAUUGUCGGAUAUUGUACAUAGUCCGAAGUUUCCAUUUGAUUCUUUAAAAAAAAACCAAUCUUCCACGUUUUCUUUCAUUUGCUUCAGCACCGCCAUCAGCUGCAAGAAAUUUAUCAAUAAUAUUUCAAGACCAAUCCGUAAUCGUUGUUGCUUGGCUGCCGCCUUUAGACAACGGAGGGAGAGAAGACGUCGUCUACGACAUCAACUGCUUUCAAUGUGAUCCAGGUCCACGCUGCAGAAACAAGCAACUCUGCAGUGGGAAACUAGAAUUUUGGCCGGUGAGGUUUAAUAAUCAUUUUACGCACGUUACACUGACAGGAUUACAACCCAACACAUCAUACAUGCUUAGGGUUACUGCUGAAAACGGAGUGAGUUACUUGUAUGGGCCUAGUCCGAGUAGAAAUGCUGAGAUUCAGUUUGGAACAAGGAUUUCAGGUAACUAUGCUGUAUUCUUUUAUAAAAAAACUGCAUAAAGUUUAGUGGUGAGCUAAGGCAGAUUUCCAUUAUGGACAGAGUCUAUAUAUAAACACUUAAAUUAAUUUGAACAAGAAAGUCAAGUUGCUAUGCAGUCCUUUCUUUGUUUCCCAAUAGAUUCAAAAUCUGAUUUACGUCACAUUAUUGUUAAAUCUCACUUGAAAUCCUUGGUCAGGUUUGCCCUGUAGCAUUCUCUAGGGAGUCUAGUUCACUUAUUUUGAUCUAAUAGCCUGUUGAGAGUGCAUGGUUAUCAAAUUUCUGCUUUAAAUAAAAUACUUGACAAUAGUGCGGAAAAUUAUUUCCUUAAUUCUAUUCACGUAUAAGGAGAGGUACUCUCGGCUGCACUCAUUCGUUAAUUUUCUGAUACUGCUUAGCCCGUGUGGAAAUUGCAACACAAUGUAGGCAUUGCCAAUGAAAUAUACUCAAUAAAAGUAUGUCUCUUUUUAUUACAGCUAAAAUGCUUUUGGAUAAGACCUAUGUUGAUGACACUACAGCUGUUCUAACAUGGAAUUCCGUGGAUAAUCCUCACGAGUUUUCAAGCUAUGAUCGCUAUGAAAUAUCCUGCUUUAAAUGUGAUCAAGGCGGAGACAGUGUUAAUCACCAAUGUACAGAAUCCUGUGGGGAAAAAAUACGGUAUUGGCCGGGUAAAGAAGGGCUCAAGGACAACCACGUGACUGUGUCGGAGCUGGAACCAUCCACACUGUAUAAGUUUGUUUUGUAUGUCUGGAAAUACCGUACUGCGUUGUCUUCAGUGUUGAUCGAGACAAGUGCUUCAACAGAAGUUUCUCAGGGUAAGAUAUUCAAGAUAUUUACCAUUAGAUUAUAACUUUGGGAAAAGAGAUCCAAAGAGAAUAAUCUAAUGAGGUGCAUAGCUAGCCUAUGACCCGUAGGCCCAAAUCUGCAAUCUUUUUUCGCUCGCUUGACUCAGCGAUAUAACUCUUACAAAGGUUGAAACAAAAAUUGGAAUUUUUUUACGACGUACUCACGAGUAAUUAAAUAACAAAGGAAAAGCAAGAAUUAACCUCGUAACGUUAAAGCACUAGGUUAGCACGUUUCCAGGUCUCUAAAAAUGCCUUCAGCCAGUCAAAAAGCUGGAUAGGGGCCUUCUAAUUGUUUUGAAACAAAUCUAUCAAUCGCUAAAAACUUGAUGAUGAGAGAGACUCAUGAUUAGAUUGAUUACUUUCCUCAUCAUCUAUCAGGGAAUAGACAACCAUUAGCGUCACCAGUCAGGUUUUUAAUUGAGUAAAUAAUAUUACAGUGAAACUCACACACUCAAAAUGGCAGAGUUACCUUUCAGUCACCUUUGAAAGACCAUCUACAAUCUGUCACAACCAUUUUAGGCACCUUGAAGUAUUCAAAUUCUUUUAAAGGUGAGGAAAAAUAAUUCAUAAUAACUUACAAAUUCUUAACUGUAUUUACUUCAGGUGGACAAUUCUUUAACCUACCGACAAUAAUUGCCUUAAUACUGGCAGGAAUAUUAUUCAUUGUUGCUGUGAUUAUAUUGCUGGUCACUUGCCAUCUCAGAAGACGCUGGUACAACACUGGCAAAUCCGUGGGUUCAGAUAAUAAUGGCUCUAACGAGGGUACUUACUCCAUUGAAAAUACUGACAACACAAUAAUUAUGGAAGAAAUGUUACAGGACAUUGACCACUCUACAGCGGGGAAUCAAAUGCGUUAAAAACUGCCAGAGUGCAGGAAUGGUUCAGCAUCAAAGUUGAAGUGAUUUCGUUGUUAGCCUCUAAAUUCCCAUGAGUGACCAAGACAGAAUUUCUCCUUACAAUAUCAAUACAAUAUCAAGCAGAUAGGUGAUGAGAAUUAAGAAAAAUGUCAAUUAUAUUAGCUAAUAGUGGAUCAGUUUAUUGAUCCAAAACCAAAUUCUCCAAACUAACAUCAAAAGAAUUGUAUGUCAGACAGUAGGAAUAAUUACUCACAAGAUCUUGGGCAGACCAGGGUUUAACGAUUUGUCUUUAGUUAUCUAUCUAUAAUGGGAGUUAUUUUGUAAACAAAAUUCGAUAUGUAUUAUAUAUUAUUAUAUCUAUAAUCCCUUUUCUUUGUUGUUCUAUGAAUUGUUCUGUCAUCAAACGCCGACGAAGCACGGCAGCACGAUAAAAAAAGGAAUUUACUGCGUUCGAUUGUAAUAAAGUAUUAUUGAUUUUAUCAUAGCUUAGACACUUGUUUAUCAAUUUGAAAACAAUUUUAGCGUAUACAGACUUGGAAUAUUGGCAACCCAAAGGAUACCCUGGGUUGCCUACAUUCACGCAUUUUUUAGGGGUGUCCAAGUCUCCUGUCUAAAUAACUUUAGACAGGAGAAUUAUUUGGCUAUAAAAGUUAUGCCAGAUGUCCUAGCUACGGGGCAUUCUUCCUUCACAAAAUCAAUGUCGGAUUCAAUAAUGUGUUACUGUAUUACACAUAAAAUUAUCAUAGUUUUGACUUCAACUGAAUAUUGGACAGAAAUUUGGUAAAAGUGAACGUCACUUUGACUUCUAGGAAACAAAAAAUCGAGCACUUUUCACUUAUGCAAACAAGAAAUUUAUAUUUGAGGGAUCUUUGGUUUUUCUUCGAUGUCUUUAAGGGCCGCCGAAGUAAAAUUGAUAUAUGUUGUUUUUACUCUCCAGUAAUUUCUUUGUUUCAUUAUCUGUAUCAAUAACAGAGUAAAGGCGCCAGGAAUACAAAACAAAAAAAAAUGACAUGUGUUUUCAUUUCCUCAGAAAGAAAAUUAUUGCUUUAUUUUGCAAACAUAACAUUACUUUCGGUCGAAUUGGUUAUAUUUGAUGCAUACAACAGCUUUUGUUUUGUUUUUGUUUUUUUUAACCAAGUCUGAUUGCACCAAGUAACGCCAAUUUGAUAUGACAGCACCAAUGGCAACCCUUUAUUUCAAAUAUGUUACCAAAAUUAAAAAUUCCACGAACCAAUUACAAAUUUUUUAACGUCAUUUUCUUCAGACUACCUACAUCGCUUUCCAGCCAUUAAUGAUUUCUGCACCUCCAUCAAGCGAUUCGACUGUAACCUUCCCAGCCCUAAUAUUGUUUGACAUUAGUAAGAAUUGCUUGGUUUUUUCUGGGAAAAAAUCUAUUCCUCUUAUUACUUAAUUAUUGCUCAGUUUGAAAAGAUAAUUGCAAAACCAAAAUUAAAUAUUUCUAGAUCACUCUAUUCACGGGAGGUAUCUCCUCAAUGGUGUUACUCCAUCAUGUGUCGCACGCCAGAAAACAGGUUCAUUUUUUUUUUGUUUUUUGAAUUUAAAUUAUUCUUUCACUCCUUAGAUGUACAUGUACAUGUAUUAUAGAAAUGCUUAUUUCUAGAAAAGAAUCUACUUAUUUAGCUUAUCUUAUGAGCUUAUCGUCUCUUCGAUGUGUUUCCACAUCAACCCUGCAGUGAAACAAACCGGCGCCGUGAUGUAGGGUCUCAUAGUUAUAGAAAAAAAUAAUUUUCAAUCAUCCUUCACCACUCACACAUACGCAAAUACCGGUUUCUCUGUAACAAUUUUUUUAUACACACUAAACUUGGCUUAAAUAGAGUACAGGUGGGAUGAACAACCAAAUUAAUUAACA